AUGCUGUUCACAUUCGUCAAGUCAAUAGCAUCUCAACACCUCAGGGCUUUUAUCAAAAAGUUCAGCGGCUCAUGGGACAGGCCUGUAGAUAGAUGCUACCUGAAAACGGCCGCUUCCUCUAAGGAUGACUCACUCGAUCCCAUCGGCGCAAUCUACGACCAUCUGGGUCUUUUUCAAGAGCAUCAACGUUGGCAUAGGUGCAAGGAAAUGAUGUGUCCGUACGCCCCUGAUCCUGUGCGUGGCAUUCUGUCAGUCUUGGGCGUCUUGCGGCUGGAGGAUAUCGACGACUUCGUUGAGAACUUUCUUUGCCGGAUUCCCGAAGACGACAUGAGGCGUCUAGUAGACGGAUUCAGGGACUACCACGAGGGUAUCUCUGAGAUUCUCCGCACGUCCAAACUACCAGACGAGAACAAAAGUAGUGAAGAAAAUUUCCUGGAGGUGAUGGCUCUCGCUUUCUCUGAGGGUGGCCACAAGAUCUUUUGGUCUCCUCUCCCGCAUAUCUACCGCAGCCUUCUCAAAGUCCUAUCUGCUGGCAAGGAGUCUUAUCUAGACGAUCUUAGGCCUGGGAUUAAGAUACGGAACCAGGGUGCGUUUGGAGUUACCAAUGCGGGAUGCAGGGCGAUGAGAAAAGUCAUACAAUCUGAACUGGGGAUGUUUCUGGAGUUUCUGUAUGACUAUGGUGAUCUCAUCCUCAGGAUCUGGGACCUUUCAAAAAUCGCCAUCGACAGAUUCAUCUACGAAAACCCAGGCAUUAUCGGCGAUCAACCUGACUCCGGAAGGUCUCAACAGCCCUCCGGGGCAUCUUCCCGGGACAGCCAUGGACCAGAUUCUCGGCAAUCUACAAUGUACGAGCCCAGAGAGGAACCGCGAAGGGAUUCGUCGAGGGAGCCGUCAAGUCGUUCAUCAGAGACCGGUCGACGUCAGCUGUCUCUAACAGACAGAAGACGUUAG